CCCAAGUUUUGGAAAUGUUUUCCGAAGUUGUGCAGCAACGGUGGUCAUGGACUUUGUGAUUAUAUAUAAGUCUUUGAAAUGGCGUCCAUAGUUUCUUUUAAAAAGUAAGCUCCGAUUGUUCGCGAGAAACGUUGCUACAGAUGAUUUUUCUAAAGAAAAAGGCGGUGGAAAUGUUGUCAUCUCGAAUUUUAACAGCGGCAACAUCCAGAAAUGCAGCCAGCUAGCUAGCGGCUCUCCUCGGUGAGAGUGGCACACCAACUUACGAAUGCUUCAGAUACACUCAACCGCGAAGAGGAUCACGAUAUGGUCAUUAAUCUUGAAUAUCCACGUGUUGUGUGUGUGUCCACCUCCUUUAUGCCAUCGUUGGUGUCACGAUGUAACCCGGCGUGAGGCUCGGCGUACCGGCGUAUUGGAGCAGAGUGGACAUCAGCCUUGUUAUAACGGUGGCAUUACAUCACAGGCUGCAUCAUGGUACACAACACUACCACCCUUUCUCUCGGAGAAACAGAGCCUCUGCAGUAUCCGUGUACUACUACAUGACCCCAGUGUGAAAUCAGCAGAGCAGGGAUUGCUCAGGAUGGACGAGGAACCACUCUCUUCUUCAGCUCCUGCUGGUCCGUGGGGACACUCCUUUUAUGUGCCACUUACCUACAUGUCAAACAUCUUGCGCCUCCGGAACCGCAGAAGCACACUCACCAGAUACAACCCAGGCCUCACUCUGCCUCAGAUUCAAAGUGUGGCACCUCCAUCCGCAUUCGGGGUCAAAUUUUACAAGUGUGCAGAGGUGAAGCUUGACACUGACCCUCCUCAGCUGAUCUUCUUCCUGUUGAUUCACAACAUGGGCCCAGUCGGUGGCACCAACUUGUCUCAGGUGGCUAUUCGAGACUCCAUCUCUGGAAUUGUUCCCCUGAAAUCUGAAGGCAGGGUGGUGGAAAGAGGCUACCAGACUUUUGCCAUUGAUUCACUUUCUGCUGGAUCCCAAGUAAUUGUCAACUAUACCGCUCAUAUAAGAAGUCAUAAGAGUGAAGUCCUGGACCUUCCAGCUUUUCUCACCUUCUCCAACGCCUCACAGAAUGAUGUCAGUAUGUUUGGUCCAUUAACAGCUAAUCUAACCUUGAGGGUGAAUUCCACGGACAGAAUUUAUCCCAACCAUGGGGUACAUUUUGCUGGAUUUGUUGCCGGGUUCUUUGUGACGCUGGUGCUGCUGUCACUGGGAUUUCUGGCCGUGAACCUGAUAGCUCCCAGAACCAGGCUGAACCUUCUUCAACAAAGGAGAAACAGAGGUGAUUCAGACCCAGAGUAUGCAGACUGCAACAUGAGUGAGACAGUAAAAGAUGAGGCAGCGUUUGAAGACAAGAUGGUGGACACCAUGGUGCUGGAGGAUCCCCAGAACAUGUACCAGGCUUUGGAGAAUCUUGAAAUGUCUACACUGCUGCAUGCCACCAAUAACCUGGAGGCCACCCGGAUCAAGAUCUACAAGGACGUGAUGUCCUCCCUGCUGGGCGGCCUGCGCUCCCGAGGCCAGGCCAGCGCUCAAGCCCAGCAGAGGCUCCUCAGUGUGCUCCACGGACAGAUGCUGGGCAUGGAGGGUCGGUUGAAGGAGGAACGAGGGGCUCGCAUGGCUGCUCUGGCUGGCCGGUGUAACUUGGAGACUCGGGAAGAAAUGGAAGCAGAGCACCGCAGAGAAGCGGCUGAAAAGGCCGAAGCUGAGCUGCUGUGUCAACAUGCGGACCAACAAGAGCUCCUCCACUGCAGUGUCCUCCUGGAGAAGCUGCACAAGCUUAGCCAGAGUCAGCUGCAGCGCAUCCUGUUAGUUCGACAUGAAGAAGCCUCAGCGAAGGUCCAGAGGCAGACCAUCGAGUGGCGCCGGGUGGAGCUGCACAAGAUUUUCUCUGAGGAAUUAGAGGAGGCCACCAGGAUGGGCGAGCUGGAGAAGAGUACAGCCAAGAGUCUUCAGCACGACUACUUUUCCUGUCAAGAUCAGCUAGAGGAGGUGCUAGACGUCGUCCUCGCAAAUCAGCGCUAUGUGCUCGCUGAACGCCACGCACAGAGGAAGUUCUUGGUGCAUAGCCUUCACAGCCUCAACAGCCUGAUUUCUGACAGCUUCUCCAGCACUUCUAACAAUCUGGACAGCUGGUUCACUCACAUCAGGAGAGGGAGCCUUGUGCCUGCAGAGCAAAUAGACCAGCUUCAGGAGAAGGCCCAGAAAGAGCUGGUGAUGGUGAGGCAGAGACUGGAUGAGGCACUGAGCCAAGAGAGGAGAGCCAUGCGCUGUGGACUGAUUAAGAAGAGGCGGGAGCUCAUCUCUGACAUGCUGCGGGUCCAUAAACAGAGACAGAAGGAUCUGUCAGGUCUGUCCAAGGGUCUGGAGGGAAGGGGAGAUAUAGCUCAGCACCUGCACUGUUGGCAGAACUUACUGACGGCUCACAGUUUGGAGCUAGCAGAGCUCAUCAACAACCUGGAUGAGGAGGCUGCUGCUGACAUCCGCAAGGUGACCAUGCGUGUGAUCCAGGGUGCCAUAACAGAAGUCAAAGCCAUCCAGCCUUCUGCGACCCAAGCCUUGCUAACACUCUUGCCUCCAGGAGCCCAACCCUCCCUGCUGCAGGUGGAACCAGAGGCAGGACCAGCCCAGGGGCAAGGGGCCGGCGCUCUCCUGCAGGGCCAAGAGAGGUUACACCAGGAAGGCAAGGCAGCAUUACGCACCCUCAGCUGCACCAGAGAGGCUCUACGGGAGGCCAUGGAGAGCGAGCUGCAGGAGCAGAGGGAGCUCAGGGCGCACUGCAGAGCUUUCUUCAACUGUCUGUGUUCGUCCCAGCUGACUCUGUCUGAAGAAGACCGGCUUAAGAUGAAACUAGAGUUUCAGAAGUGUCUGUCAGUGAUGGACCGCUGCCUCGUGCUGCCGCACGCUGUCUCCAGAACCAAACUCCACACGGCUCUGGCAGCUUGGAGAAAGGAGAGCGAGCAACAGAUGACAAAUAUGCAAUCCAGGGGGAAAACCAGCGAGGCCAGACACAAAACAGACACAUCUGAUCUGCUGCUUUUUCAGAAAAGGCUCGAGGAUAGGAUCCAACUGUUUGAGAGGGAGAAGGAGACGGAGAGCGGUGUCAUGAACAAGGUGAUGGAGGAGAUGCGCAGGGAGAGAGAGGAUGAUCUGCGCUCUCAGGGCGACAGCCUGGCGAUGCAGAUGGCUUCCAUCCAUUACCAGAAGGCUGAGAGGAGGACCAAAGUGUUGGAGACCUCCAGAGCAAUGCUCACUCUGCACAGUCUGCUCAUUCAGCAGCUCAGAGAGAGAAAGAGCCUGGAGAGACAAGACAUGGCCCAGAGUAUACAGAACCACUGCUCGGGCCUUGAGGAAGCAGAACAACGGCUUCAGAAGGAGAGAGCGGAGCUGGAGGGCCUGAAAAUGUCUCCGUCCAGAGUCGAGUCUAAUCCAACACAGAGGGAGGACUCUGAUGAGGGAGAGGAGGAAAGUGAGGAGGAGAGACUGUUUCAGCUGCAGCAGGAUUGCAGGAUGACGUCCAUCCUCCAGGAGGCGCUCUACAAGAGCGAUCAGGUCAUGGUGCUGUUGGCUGAGAGGUUGCAGGAAAUGACGGGCAGCAGUCAAACCAUGGAAGAUUUAAAAGAGCAAAUGGAGCUCAGGAGACUUUAUGCAAACUGUGACCAGGAUUUGGAGUUUGCAUCUCGGCUGGUGAAGCAGAGUCAGGUGUCUGCUGAGGUUCUCCUGGAGGCCCUGCGACUCCUCCUCCCCACCCUGCCUGAGAGCGAGCUCCUCUCCAUCACUGACGCCCUCUGCCCCAAACAGCACCCGGUUUCAUCAUCUGCAGAGCAGGAACACUCAGGGUGUGCUGGGGGGGUGAACAGACUUCUUCCUGUUAAACUGAGAGAAGACGUGGUGCAUAAAAAUAUGCCAAAUAUGCCAAGCUGCACCGUGGAACGAGGGAGACUCCAGGAAAAGAGGCAAAGUUUGAUGGAAAAACUGCUCCCCAGAUCCCGUCUCUUGGCUCCGAGAGAUGUUGCACCACUGCUGGUUGGAGAGACAGGAAAGGAGGACAGUUUUACUAAAGCACAACAAUCUAUUUAUAAAUCAACCGUGGCUGAAAACACGGUUACACAGCAGCACAGUGACACUGCAAAAGAAAGGGUUGUGGACACAGUGAAUGAAACACUACACAGCACAGCAGAGGAGCCCACUGUACGGGGCAUCCCUGCUUCAGGAGAGAGGUUGUUCGUGUUUCGGGAUCCACCUGAAACUUGUGACAGUGUGGGUGUUCCUAAGAGAAAAAGAAAAAGGAACUUUCUCAAUCUUAAGAAAGGCUCUGUGGCUCCAACAAACUCUCCUUGAGAAUGAUGUUUUUUGCAUCUUCCUUUUAUUUUUAUGAUAAAGGUACUUUAUGAUAUAUAAAUCCAAAAUAAAGCAAUAGUUUAUUGUGCAGCAAAGCACUGUUGGUGCUGUUCUAAAUGCAUGUUGUACGGUGGUCACACAACAGUGGUUGACAAAUAGUUCAUUAGUUUUAAUGGUCUUGUCUUAAAUGGACAUUCAGAACAUCAGCAGCAAACAGCUGUGUGCUAUGUAAAGAAAAAGUGGAGUAAUGGUGUCCUGUGCAGAGAAUAAAGUCAUGCGCCGUCUGUGUGAACGGUCCGGCCGUGCAUCAAUAGUAGUGCUUGUGUGUAUCACUGGCUAUCUAACCACUGCUGUUUUGAAUUUUGCUCAUAUGGUGGUUGCCACUUAUGACAUAGUGGGGGAAUGGUGUCAUCCCGGAAGGGUAAAUGCCCAACCUGGGUGAAUUUGCGAAUCCUAGGAUAGUGAAGGUAUGACCUGCCUUGCUCUCCCUAUGAUUGGUUAGUGCUCGUUGCCUUCGUUGGUUGGAUUGGUUAGGUUUAGGCAUGAGGAGUGGGAAUGGUAAGGAUAAGGGUAAAAAUGUCAGGGUAAGCCAAUCAGACACUAUCGUACAAAACACAAAUUCGCCCUUGGUCCACCGCAAGUUGACACUGUUAGUUCUGUUAGCACAGUUGCUGCUGUUAGCACUGUUUUCACUGUUAGCAACGGUAGCUGCAAGCCGCCAGUUGAGAGCCGUGUGCAGACAGUCCCAGCCCAGACCCUUAAUUCGUAGAUAUGCCCUUAAAGUUACAUGCAGCUCUUUUAAAUGGUGAGAAAAGUUGACGGACUCAGAUUUACUCAAAAAGUAAAACUUUACAUGUGUUACGGGGAAGACAACAGAUAACCCCCCACUUCCUGUGGUAUUGGUGUAUACUGCCAGAUUCUCCAAGUGUUUUUAUUCAUGUUCAGAACUCCAGAUGUUAGACAUGUUAGUUGGCUGAUGUGUGUAUUGUAUACCUCUAAAUUCAAGAUGCACAAGUACAUCAAAUAUAUCCCAAAUCCAAGUUUUUUCAUGUGCAACAGUUAAUUUUUUACAGUUUAUUUUGUAAAAUAAACGUUUUUAUGUUCCUCUUGAUGAACCUUGUGACUACAAAUCAAAGUUUCCCCUGA